UGAGAAUAAGUUUGUUCUCUACACUAUUCAAUUUCUUGAGGCAUGCUUUUUUUAAUAAAAAAAUAUUGAAUGGUCCAGUGCUGUAUCUAUGCGAUUACAUCUUCUUUAUUUUUAAGAAGAAAAUAAACUCCGAAAUUGUCAAUUAUUAUUUAAGUGUUUGAUAACAUGGCUGAAGAUGAUGAGAAUACUGAAGAAUUCUUACUACAAAAACACAAAAAAGAACGUAAAGAAUUGCAAGGUCGCAUUCAGGUUCUGAAAAAGUCUAUAUGCAAAGGAGAUAAAAAGAAAAAGAAAGAAAUUUCUGAAGAAAUAUCACGUUUAGAAUCAGAACUUGAUCAACAACAAGAAGAAGAAUUAACGAAUUUUAAAUUAUCACAGCUAACAGUUACCGGUUUGCCUACUGAGACUGUCAUACUGCCAGAGAAUGAUGACAACGAUGAAUCAAGCAAGACUAUUUCUGCACAAAGAGUAUCUAAAGCACAAAAACGACGAGAUAAAAAAGCUAAUGCUGAGAAAGAAAGAAAUCGACAAAUAAUCGAACAGGAAGCAUUGAAUGUUUUCGGAAAACGUAAUGUAGAAACUCAAACAAUUAAAAAGAUCCUUGAAGGACGUGAUUUGAUGAUUUAUGAAAUUCCUAGCGAUGGACACUGUCUUUACAAUGCUAUUGCUCAUCAGUUGAAAACUAAUGGUGAAAUUCCCCUUAGUCUACAAGAUCUCAGAGAAAAAACUGCUAUGUAUUUGCGAGAAAAUAUGAAUGAUUUCCUGCCAUUUUUAUCUAACUCAGAUUCAGAAGAAAUUUUUUCUCCUGAACAAUAUGAAAAAUAUUGUGAUGACGUUGCUUCAACAAGUGCUUGGGGUGGCGCUGUAGAACUUGAAGUUCUUUCACGCGUUCUUCGGUGUCCGAUUGAAGUUAUUCAAGCUACAGGAACACCUUAUAUCAUAGGACCUGAAUAUACUGAUCACAAAAAAGUCAUUUUAACAUACCACCGACAUAUGUAUGAAUUAGGAGCUCACUAUAACUCUGUAACAAAAUUUGUCAAGGAAGAAGAUAGUUGAUAAUUUGUAUAGUAAUAUUGUGCUAAUUAUUAUUGAUGGUAACAUGAAUUACCUUUUGUUCACUGUCAAACGCACUACUGCCAAAAUCACAAACGAAACAGUGAAAAAUCUCUGUACGUUAUGAUUAUUUAUUUACAAGUGAUAUCACAGUUUAAAUUGAUCUCAACUGAACAUAUCAACAAAUUUAGCAUCACAUUUAUUUUCUAAAUCACAAUCAUUUCUUUAUAAUCAUUUUUACGUUAACUUUGACAAUAUACAAACUGCCACAAAAAUAUUCGAGUGAUUCCGAAAAUAUUUUGAUAGUCUAGAUUUGUUGAUCAAUUUUAAUUCAACGAAACUUUAUGAAUGAUAUUUGUGUAUUUAAAUUUAAACUACUUUGGAAAGAAUUAAAUUUUUUGAAUAUAUUCUAUAGCUAUCAAUGUGCGUAUAAUAA